CGUGGACAUGGAGGGAGACACCGGAUCUGGGGUCCCGGCGCUGUCGGGCGGGGAUGGAGCGGGCGCGGGCCAGGGCUUGGGCCCGGCCCAUGAGGACCGGGACAUGGAGGGGGCCCCCAGCUGCUCGGGGUCGCGCUCCCUCCCCUUCGAGUUCGAGCGGGGUCGCUCGGAGUCCAGCGGCGAUGAGGACGACGACGACGAAGACGACGAGGAAGAGGAGGUGGAGGAGGAGGAGAUGGAGAGCGACACCAGGGCUCGGUUCGGAACGGAUGACGGGGAACUCGAUUCGGACGACGACCGGGAGCGUAUGAUAAACCUCGCAGAGUUGACCCCCUACAUCCUGUGUUCCAUCUGCAAGGGUUACUUUAUCGAUGCUACAACUAUUACAGAAUGUCUGCACACCUUUUGUAAAAGCUGCAUCGUGAGACACUUCUAUUAUAGCAACAGAUGUCCAAAGUGCAAUAUUGUUGUACAUCAGACACAGCCCCUCUAUAAUAUCAGACUGGACCGACAACUGCAAGAUAUAGUCUAUAAAUUAGUUGUCAACCUGGAGGAAAGAGAGAAAAAACAAAUGCAUGACUUUUAUAAAGAAAGAGGGUUAGAAGUACCCAAACCAGCUGUCCCACAGCCAGUUCCUCCGAGCAGAGGAAGACCUCGAAAAGUUCUGGGCUCAGUGUUCCGGAUCCCACCAGAACUUGACAUUUCCAUACUUCUGGAGUUUAUUGGAGCUAAUGAAGGCACAGGGAAUUUUAAGCCUUUGGAAAAGAAGUUUGUGCGUGUUUCUGGGGAGGCAACAAUUGGACAUGUGGAGAAAUUCCUCAGAAGAAAAAUGGAUCUAGACCCUGCUUGUCAGGUGGAUAUAAUAUGUGGUGAUCACCUCCUGGAGCACUACCAGACACUGAGGGAAAUUCGUCAAGUCAUAGGAGAGAGUGCAGUACAGGAUGGUCUACUUGUACUGCACUAUGGCCUGGUGGUAUCUCCACUAACUUAAAGGUGUCUGGAAUAUCAGAAGGCAUCUUCUGAUACUGAACGAAUCUGAAGUCAUGGAGCUUCUUCACUGCUGUUUCUCACCAAAGAAGCCGUCGCAUUUCCUGUGGCAGGAAGCAAGUGAAAGGAACCACCACUAACUGCUGUGUGCUUGUAAAGUAACAUCUGACUUUACCACUGUAAAAAAUUGCAGCUUCUCAAAAGAUCUGCAAGAAGCUGUGCCUCUGAGGGCAUCACUAGGGCAUCAACUGAAAAGCCUCCAGGACAUGCAU